AUGUCUGUCAUUAAAGCUGAUAAUUACAUCAGCGCUUAUGACAGAAAUAGUCACAAAAGUGAUGUCGAUAAAUACGCGGACAGUUAUCACCAUAAUAAUAAUAACCAUGAUAAAAAUGGCAAACCAAUUACCCCAACCGAGUACAAGACUGUGAUAGUGUGGCGCAAUGUGAUUGGCAUGAGUGUACUGCACCUGUUGGCCCUAAAUGGUUUUUACCUAGGUUGUUCUGGUAUCGGCCACUGGGCAUUCUUUGUCAUUAUUUGGUUUAUCAACUUUUUCGGCGGAUUUAGUAUACUUACAGGGGCGCACCGACUGUGGGCGCACCGGUCCUAUCGGGCCAAAUGGCCGCUGCGGCUAUUCCUAGCGUUUUUCCAAACGGCUGCCCUUCAAAACGACAUAUACGAGUGGUGUCGCGACCAUCGCGUCCACCAUAAGUACACCGACACCGACGCCGACCCACACAACUCUUCCCGCGGCUUCUUCUUCGCACACGUCGGUUGGCUGUUGUGUCGCAAACACCCCGAUGUGAUCCGUAAGGGCCAGACCAUAGACAUGUCCGAUCUCAUGGCCGACCCCAUUGUCCGCUUCCAACGCAAAUACUAUAAGCUCUUAGUGCUGUUCAUACGUGUGUUUUUGUUCACGGGUUAUAUCGGUGUCUAC